CAUCAUACAGGGCGAGCUGUUUCAUGCUAUAGAGUUAUUAUGUUUCUUUGUUGUAGAAAUAAAUCUAUCACUUAUUAAGUUUUAAUAAGGCUAUAAUGUAACUGAAAUUUAGUGUGAUGUAAUAGUUCCAUUAACCUCCUGGAUUUAUGAGGCUCUUGAUUUAAGAUUCGAAACAGGCCUGGAUCUUUCUUCAUAGUGUUUGAUGAGGAUGCACCACCAAGGAGUGUCAGUCAGGUCUCCUCCGUCUACUCCUUCAUCAUUUGUAUCUAUCAGUGAUAAAGACAUGACUGAGAUUGAACUGCACUCUGUGGACUCCAUCAGUGACCUUCACCGCACACACCCCGACCAACACAUUAAAGGUGUCCGACCUCCACGUCCACACCCUCCAUCCAUCAAUGGAAAUCUUCAGAUGAUUGACAGGCCAGCAGUCUGUCAAACAGGAGACCAGAUGAGAAGAUCCCGUCUGAGUCAACUCAACGAUAUGUGGCCUUCUUCCAAGUCGCGCUAUUCUUUGACUUGUGUGGCUGCAGUGCUGAUCUUCCUCACCGUCAUUCUCAUCUUUAGCUUCUUAGUCCAGCAAAGCAGAACUCUCCACUGGCUAGUUGAAACGCUGACGCAAAGGCAAGAAACAACAGAAGAAAUGUCCUUUAUUGUUCAGGAGCUUCAAGCUCUUCGCAGAAACCUGACGGCACUGAAUAUCAGACACUGACCAUCCUAUCGCAGAUAUCAUAAAAAUACAAAUAAAUGAAUAAAUAAAUCCAGUUUAAGUAAAGCAGCGGACGGGGGGUCAAUCCAAAACCAUGUCAAGAUCAACAUUCUAUCAAUAUGGGAUCUAAAAAGUGUGUGGAGUAAAAUUGCAGACACACUCCAUAGACUGUGACUGACUCUAAAUCAAAAAUCUUGAUGCAGUGGUAAUGGAGUGAAUAUUUGUGUAUGUGUUACAGAUUCCCAGUCAUGUUGUAAUCCAGUAGACCUUCUUAUAAGCACCGGUUGGAGUAUGUAACUUGCACAGUUAGAUCAAUAAAAAUUGUCUAAAUCUAUUAUGGAUGUUCAAGUCAAGCCGGGACUU